AAUCAGUAGUUUCCUGAAUAAGCUAGAGAGUCACUUGGGCUGCAGAGAUGUUGGAAGAAGAUAUGGAGGUGGCCAUCAAAGUGGUGGUAGUAGGAAAUGGAGCUGUUGGAAAGUCCAGUAUGAUUCAGCGAUAUUGCAAGGGGAUUUUUACAAAAGACUACAAGAAAACUAUUGGUGUAGAUUUCCUGGAAAGACAAAUCCAAGUUAAUGAUGAAGAUGUUAGGCUAAUGUUAUGGGACACUGCGGGUCAAGAAGAAUUUGAUGCAAUAACUAAGGCCUACUAUAGAGGAGCCCAGGCUUGUGUUCUUGUGUUUUCUACAACUGACAGAGAGUCCUUCAAAGCAAUCCCUACCUGGAAGGAGAAAGUUGUGACUGAAGUUGGAGACAUUCCCACAGUUCUGGUGCAGAAUAAGAUUGAUCUUCUUGAUGACUCUUGUAUAAAGAAUGAAGAGGCGGAAGCACUGGCAAAAAAGCUAAAAUUAAGGUUCUACCGAGCAUCGGUGAAGGAAGACCUAAACGUAACAGAAGUUUUUAAGUAUUUGGCUGAUAAAUAUCUUCAAAGGCUCAAGCAACAAACAGCUGAAGAUCCAGAACUAGUACACACAAGCAGUAACAAGAUUGGUGUUUUUAAUACAGCUGGUGGAAGUCACUCCAACCAAAAUUCUAGCACUCUUAAUGGUGGAGAUGUCAUCAACCUUAGACCAAACAAACAGAGGACCAAGAAAAACAGAAGUCCUUUUAGCAACUGCAGCAUACCUUAGACCACUUUUGGAGGAGGAAAAAAAAAAACAACCCAGUGAACUGGAUGAAGUUGUGCAAUGGAGUACAGAUUAAAGCCAGCUGUAGAGGUAUUUUUACCAGUGCUUUAGCAAAUCUUGUGCCUAUGGGAUCCUUGAUAGAGCAUGGAUUUACAUCAACUUGGCUCAUGCAGUGUUUUUUGGUGUGUAGAGUGAGGCACCUGCUGGCAAAACACAGAACUGUGGCUGCCCCGUGCACUUUGUAAAA